AUGGAUCUGCUCCCGGUGGGCCGGUUUGGCCCGAAAGCCCUGACGGAGAAAAUCGGCACCAUCACGCGGAUGCUGCCGGACGGUUCGGUCGGUUUCCUGCGUGGCAACUGUCGCAAAGACUCGUUCCCCGAUGGUGGCGUCCUGGCGACCCAUCGCGUACAGCCGGACGCUACCGCGGGCGGGCACGGUGCGGUGCGAAACGAUGACGACGAAAUCGACCUGAGCCGGUUCGCCAGUGAAAAAGAUACGCGUGCGUACUUUAAGCGAAAGUUGGCCAUCUUCGAGGCGUCCAUGAUGACGCCGGUCGCGGCCAACAGACGGCUGGCGGCGAGGAAGCUGGAAAUGGAGGGCAGUUUCGGUGAGCCGUACCCGCCCGACGGUACCGGACCGAUCGACGAAUUGGAUUGCAUUCCGCCACGACAACUGCUCAUGUACUUGGUAAGAAUGGGCUCAUUCACGUCCGCACCCCAAAUCAAAAACGUGGACUAUCAGGAUGAUAAGCUGGAAAUUACCGAUGGUAUGUCCGUGCCCGAUCUCGUCGAAUACUGCCGGAUAGCACGUGGUGAUGAUCGACCAUCGCUGGUAAAGCGCAAAUUUCUCAAGCCAGGCGAUAACAUAAAUCGGACCGAUCUGACGGACGGGUUCAAAAUGCUCCACCUAGAUUCUAUAUCCAAGACAUGCAGUGAACCAUCGCUGAUCGCUUCACAGUUACGAAUAUUUCAAUGGAACAUGCUCUCACAAACGCUCGGUAUGCACAACGACGGAUUCGUCCGAUGCCCGCUGGAAGCACUAACGUGGGAUUGUCGACGGUAUCAGCUUAUUGAGGAAAUCGUACAAAACGAUCCCGACAUCAUCUGUCUGCAGGAGGUGGAUCACUUUAAAUUCCUGCAAAAGAUACUCAGCACACAGAACUACGAAGGUGUGUUCUUCCCCAAACCGGACUCGCCUUGUCUAUACAUCAAUGGUAACAAUGGCCCGGACGGAUGCGCCGUGUUUUACAAGAAGGAUCGGCUCGAGAUGGUUAACCAUUUUACCCGCGUGCUGGAGGUGUGGCGUGUGCAAAGCAACCAGGUAGCGAUAGCGGCUGUUUUGCGGACACGUGAUACUCGCCAGGAGAUUUGUGUGACCACUACACAUUUGAAGGCAAGGAAAGGAGCACUGCUGUCGAAGCUGCGCAAUGAACAGGGCAAGGAUCUGCUAUACUUUAUUGAUGGUGUUGCGGAAAAUCGGCCAGUAAUUUUGUGCGGCGAUUUUAAUGCCGAACCGAUCGAACCGAUCUAUAGCACGGUGCUGAACUAUAAACCGCUCGGAUUGGCUAGUGCGUAUUCGGAUCUGUUGGCUGAGGAAUCGCAGGACGAGAACAAUCAGAACGCACUGAACACAAAACCGGGUGAACGGUGUAGCCGUAGCAGUAUUGGAUCAGCGCACAGUAUCAACGACGAGUGUGGACUCUCCAAUGGUGUCAGGACGAAGGCGGAACAGUCGGCUGCAUACGAACCACCUUACACCACGUGGAAGAUUCGCGAAGAGGGAGAAGUCUGCCAUACGAUCGAUUAUGUGUUUUAUUCCAAGGAAAAGUUGACGGUAAAAAAUUGUCUAAUGUUCCCUUCCGGCGAAGAAAUUGGAGUCGAUCGCACUCCUAGCUUCCAAUAUCCUUCCGAUCAUUUUUCGCUCGUAUGCGACAUCGAACUAAAGCCUGCAGCGGAUACUAUAACUCCGGAGGAUUCCAACUCGAUACCGAAUCAUCAAUUGUAG